GCGCAUCAGAGUUUUGUGCCCCAUUUUGCUGUCCAUCUUGGAAUAUACUAUAUUCUUUGUCUUGUUACCUCUGCACUGCGAUGUACUUCUUGACAAUACCUUUAGAAAAUGGGAGGAGCAGGGGCUAGAAUGCUGACAUGAUUAUUUUUUAAACAAUACCAACAUUUGUUCAGUGGGGCUGAGUAAUGCACAUUUCUUACCUUUACCUUCUUAAUCCCUAUUAACAGAUGUGUCUUUUCAGCAAAGCUUCAAGCUUAGAUACAGAAUGGAGUUUGACCAUUCACAUUCAUACCCAUGGGCAAGAACAAUACUUCAGAAAACAAACGCUCUUAACAUCACAGCUUGGAAGCACAACAAAGGACAGUCAGUUGCUGUUGAAAUUCUGCUGUUAAAGAUGUAGUAAAAUUUUGCAGUGAUGCUCAGCUCAAAUAUUUUCCUUCCUAAUGUACCAGCCCGUUUUUAUUGUGAAUCGUCUAGAGAUUGAAGUAAACCUGGAAACAGACGUUGUGACAUGAUGAAGCUCGUUGCUUUCCUUGCAGCUACUCCCACCUACUUACCCAGCGGCCACAAAUGUGUUAAUUGUUUGUCAGUAUAAGACAGUCUUAAUCUUACACUGGUUGUACUGAUGUGGAUGUUAAUUCCGAGACCCAACAGCUCUUUCCUUUGCGCUGGCUUUACUCCAGGAAAAUGCAGUCCUGACCUGUGCCCCUUUGGAAGCACAUGUGUGGAUCUCUUCAAAAAUUACACCUGUCAGUGUCUGCCUGGUCUCUACUAUGAUUCUUUGGGAAACUGUGUGGAUGCAAAAGUUUUUCCUGGAACUUUGCAUCUGGUCAAUAUUAAUUACAAGACUUCAAUGUCUGAUAAAAGCUCCAAAGACUUUAAAGAGACAGCGUUCUCAAUUAGUACUGAGUUAAGAGGGAUUCUGAAGAAUACCAAAGGCUAUUUGAAUUCUCUUGUCCUGGAACUCAAGCAAGGGAGUGUUGUUGCCUCUAUACAGAAUAUUUACGAACCCAGCUCUGAUGCCACUGUCUCCAGCGUCAAGGAGGACAUUACAAAGGCGAUCCAAAAUUCAUCUUUUUUCUUAAAUGCAUCAUAUACAGCUAGAGAUCUGUGUCAGGGGUCUCAGAGCCCCUGUGACACAACAUCAACUAUUUGCAGCUACCUGGCUAGUGGAAUCGCAAAGUGCACUUGCAUACCUGGUUUUCUUGAGUCUCCGUACUCUAACAGAUCUUGCAUGGCUUGUCUCAGUGGCUACAAGCAGGAUGGUGCACAAUGUGUGAAGUGCCCGUUUGGUUAUGCUGGGUUUAACUGCAGUGACUCAUCUCUGUUAGCAGUUGUGGUGAUCUCCUGUGUUCUUGGUGGAUUGCUGUUAAUUGUAGUGCUGGCGUUUAUUAUCUACUGUUGUAGGAAAAGUAAGGGUUCUACCUACGGAAGCCCAUACCCAGCCGAAGACUUCCUGGUGUGGCCCAAACAGGAAGUACCCAGAAUCCCCCGUGCCUCUACCAGCUGGGACCCCGCCCCCAUGGAGAUGACCGAGAACGGCAGCACACGCGUCCUGGUCAACAAGCAUCACCAGGGCAACGGGGCGACUGAAUCUUAUGAUCUUGAUGCAGAAGACUUGAAGACAUUCAAAGGCAAGAACCAGUCGCGCUACUCGUACCUGUGCCAUGGACAGGAAAACCCCUACUUUGUUGCUGAUGAAGACAAGAAAGCACUGAAGUAAGACCAGUGAAGAGGGAGAGAAGAAAAGGAACAGCAUUCACUGUACUUUAUUUUAAAAAUCAGAUACCUCAUUCAAAGUCAUUUGUCAUGAGGACAGGGUUGAUUGUGGCUCCUAAACAGCUGGAAUCCAUCUACCACUUCUGUUGGGCCAGAAUCGAUUUCUUAAAAUUAAGUAAGUUAAGUAAAGUUUUUCAAUUUUUUUCUGUGAUCUUAAAAAUUAGCUCUUUUUAUGAUCAAUUCAAAUGCCUGAGGUUCUGUCACAGACCACCCCAGCCUUCUAAAGCACUGACUUUUACUCCUGGUGCUGGAGGUCCCAGGUUUUCAUUCCUCUGUAACUAUUAAUGACUUUUUCAGAAUCAGUGGUUUAAUUAGAAUAAUGUACCAGUUUCCAAAUACCUAUGAAGCCCACCAGUCCAGAACAUGGAGUGAACCUAAGUGUUCGUAAGGUGGAAACAAAUGAAACCAAAUAAUUUUUCGUCCAGUAGAGGUCACUGUUUCCAGAUUAGUUUUUACUAGUUAUGCACUUGAGGUGGCUGUUAGUUUUAUCAGUGAUCUUGUAUUUUAUUAUAGAUGGUAAAUGUAGUUUUUCAAUUUAAGUAGUGCUGUAGCAUUUUCUCUGUGUGUUUAUGCAAUCACAUCUGAGCUGAAUUAUACAAUAACCACUAAAUUAGUUUUUAAAACCACAGUUCAGGAAGGAAUGUAAGAAUAUAUUGACAAGGAGGAGAUAAUCCUGAAAUUUAGUGUUUCUAUCCCUUCACAAGAUCCCUUGUAAAAUAUGUGGUUUCUGUGGAUUCUAAAUAAAACACUCUCCCUAAAGAUUCAGUUGCUUUUAGAAAUUCUACAGUUCUGUACAUUUUUGUAAGGGAUGUGACAAUGUAACUUUGUAUUUUUACUUAUGUUUAAUUUAUGAAUGCUUGCAUUGUGUCUAAAACAAUUCCUUUGUUUGAAUAAGGGCUGGUUCCUCUGCUUAAUCCACAUUUUCUAGGUUACCAUUUACCUAGAAACCUAGUGAUUGUGAGAUAAUGAAGAAUAAAUCAAACAUAUAUAGGUAACUUUAAUGCAAGCUGGCUGCUUUUGUUAUAACCCAGAGUGCCUGUUUCAUUGGAUUAUUUAAAAUGGAUUUAAUAACAGGAAUAAUUCCAAACUCCUUUUUAGAAAGGAUGCUAAUGAUGUGCCAAUCUACUUGUUUUUGUAUUACUUUGAAUGUAUGGGAGUGUACACACACUUAUGCUGUAGCCAUGUAUAUAUAUAAGCCUAAUGUGCUUCUUCUGGGUCUGCAGAUGUACAAACAGAUUCACAUGUUUUCUAUGUGAGAAGAGCUAUGCUUGGGAAGAAGAAAACAAAUGGAAAUAAAUUUGUAAUUUAAACCUGUUCAAAGGCUGAGAUGUUUUAAGUGUAUAGCUGGUUCAGGCUUUUCUCCCUUAUGGUCGUGUUGAAGAUGUUUUCUCACAGUAUCUUUCCAUUGGGCCAGAUCAAUGUGUUGCAUCUUCAACAGAAUAGUGUAUUGCAGAUUCUGCUUUAAUUUAUUGUGCUUGUUGUCAUUAUUAUUGAUGUAUUUGUAUAUGAAUGAGUCAUUUGUUAAGAAGAGCCCCUUGUGUUUGUCUUAUUAUUAUUUCAGGAUGAAAGCUAUUGACCUGUUUAAAAAUAAAAUGUGUGGAAACUCUCAUUUUGAUCAGA